AUGCCAUAUCUGACUUUGACUUUCCGCCUCCCCGGCCCGACCAAAAGCUCACUCUUCAACUUUGUUUCUGACACUGAAGAAAACAUCAUGAGCUUCGUUAGCAUUUGGCAGUCGGUCUGGGCCACUAUUGCCGCAUUGCCGGUAAUUUCUUCUUUGCUUCGGUUCGGCCAGCCUAACAGGCCACCAACACCUCCCCCCGAUCCGGUUCCCGGGCUUGUAGAGCAAAUCCGUGAUGGCCAGAGAGCCAUCGUCGCGAACCAAACGACCAUCGCUGAGGGGUUUCAGCUAAUCGCCGACCGUCUGAGUUCCAUUGGCGAAGAGGUGAAGGUGAUCGCCAAGGGUCAGCAGACCCUAGACAAUCGCUUUCGGGCCCUCGGCGAUGGUAUUCACGCGGUCGACAAUCGGCUGAAGGCCCUCGACGAUGUUCCGAAGGCGACCGUCGACGCCUUGAAGGCCAUCACCGACGAACUCAAAACGGCCCAGGUUGACUCGAACAGCCAUCAAUCCGACGUAAGGCAUUGCCUUCACGCCGUGAAAGAUGCGACAGAGUCAUUGGCAGAGGCCCUCGGGCGCAUGUCGAAACCAGUCGGGGAAGUGAGCGAGCCUCGCACGGCGCAGUCAGAGUCUGCGACAGAGCCGACUCAGACCCAAGGCACUCCAAGUCUUGAAGAGACGGCAAGGUAG